GGCUCGGAGGUCCACCCCGGGUUGCCACGGCCUGGGUGCCAAUGGUGUCUGGCCCCCUGGGUGCUCCUUGGGCGCCCAGGGUUACGAUCCUGGUGGAAAUAAGACUUUGAGUGGGAGGUGGUGGCAAGGCUCCCUUGAGCAGCCAGUGGACAGACAGACAGAGCUCCUGGAGACAGUGGCGGACACGGUCUUUGUCACACAAGACGUCUGUGUCUGGCAUAGACACCGUGUCCUGGGGUGUGACACCUGUCUAACAGGUGUUUGCUCAACACGAUUGCUUUUGAAGUGAUUGGAGCGUGAAGGAAUACUUUGAUACAUGAAGCUCGAGGUUUACGCUCUCGCAUGUAUGAUAGAGAAAGGCUCUAAUAUCUGAGAGACAAAUGGAAAUGAUUAUGAAGUAUACAGUAAAUCAUAAAUACUAUAAGAAACAGGCUACUGUGGAACAAAAUGUGAGAGCUGAUAAUGAAUUGCAGGAAAAAACUCCAGAGACAAGCUGUUGCAGAUGAAACUGCAACACUUGUCCAAUGUUUUCACAGACUGGUAGAGACUAUUGUGUUGGAAAUAUGUACAAAAGAGCUCAGAAAGUGUAUAGUAAUGGUACAGUAAUAUAUUUGAUACUUGUAAGGCACAUUCCAUAUUUUUACUCAAGCUGUUAAGUACAGUAUACAGUUUUAAAAUGUGAACGUAUCCCAAAUACAAAAUAAGAACUCCACAAGUCCUAUAAUGUGGAAUUAUCAAAAGGUAUGGAGGUACAAUAGAGUACUGUACCUGAAAAAAUUCUAUGUUAAAUCCAUUGCAAUUUAGCAGUUUUUAUUUUUAACGUCAUUAAAGAUUAUUAUUGAAUUGCAAAAAAUAGUGCUGUGGAGAUGUUUGUAUACAAGUACUUCACAUAAUUGUGAUUGGUGUAGCAAAAUUUCUGAAAUUACAAUGGAAAAACUAAAAAGUUCAAUGAAUGAGUGCUACGAGUGCUUUUAAGAAAUUUAAAACUUCAUACCUUAAUAAAUUUGAAGUACAGUCCUGCACUGAAUGACUGUGGUUUUUGCAGUCAUGACUGUAAUGAUUCUCUAGCUCUAGUUCCGAGUAACUUGAAGACAUUCCAUAGAAACUUAUGCAUUCCAAACAAAGCUAGUCUUUCUGAAAGUUUGAUAAGUGAACAUAAAAAAAAAACGCACAAUGGAACACAGUGAGCUCAUUGCCGAAAUGGCAUACAUUGAAAAAUUGUCCACUCAGGAGAGGCUGAAGUUGGCAAGACGUCGGCGUAUGCAGCAGAUGAAGAAAUGGUCACAAAAAGAAAGGGAAAUAACUGGUAGCAAAAGAGAGAAAACUGCACAAAAUGAGGCACAAAAGAGGAGAAGAGAGAACAGGAAGAGUGUCAUGUUUAUCAGUAAUGUAAUGCUACUGGAAGCUGCAGCCAGAAACGAUAUUGAGGAAGUGCAAGCACUCCUGGAAGCUGGUGUAAAUCCUGAUUCAACAAAUGAGGAUGGUUUGACAGCUUUGCAUCAGUGUUGCAUUGAUGAUUCUGAAGAAAUGAUGAGACUAUUGGUUCACCAUGGAGCUGAUGUUAAUGCACAGGACUCUGAGAAGUGGACACCUCUUCAUGCAGCUGCUACCUGUGGCCAUCUUCAUCUUGCCAAAUUCCUUAUUGCCAAGAGUGCCAAUCUUCUUGCUGUGAAUGCAGAUGGCAACAUGCCAUAUGAUAUAUGUGAAGAUGAUGCUACUCUUGAUUACAUUGAGAGUGAGAUGGCUCGCCGUGGGGUCACCCAGCGACUUAUCGAUGAGACUCGCUCUGCUACUGAAACACAAAUGCUCACUGAUCUGAAAUGUAUGAAGAGUGAGGGUCAAAGUCUGAUGUUUCGUGAUCACCAAGGAGCAACACCACUUCACGUAGCAGCAGCAAAUGGGUAUGUCAGAGUGGUGGAAUACCUUCUGAGCCAAAAUGUGCCAACAGAAGUAAGAGAUCAUGAUGACUGGUCGCCUCUUCAUGCAGCUGCCUGCUGGGGACAUCCGGAUGUUUUAGAGCUGUUGGUUCAGAAUGGGGCAAAUCUUCACGCUCGUACUAAAAACCAAGAGACUCCCUAUGACAUAUGUGAGGAUGCAGAGCUGCGAGAAAGAAUCAUGCAACUCAUCAGCGAACAAGAGACUAAGAGACUUCAUGAUCAGACUAAAAGGGUUCGUCGUACACACUCAAACACACGCACACAGUCUGUACGCCGGACAUCUAUUCGGGAAAAAACACUGACGCCAAAGAAAGAAGCUCAAGAAGAGGCAAGAAUACGACUUCAGUUAGAACAUAAAAAAAAACCUUUGCAGGAAGAUUCUCCAUCACUGGGUGGGUUACGAGCAGUCAAGGAAGGAGGAGAGGGCUCUCCCCUGACUUCAUUCCCAGCUGUUAUUCCUGCCAACAUCAGCAAUAACAACAGCCCUAAGGACAAUCUUUUAGUAGAGGAAGAAGAGGAAGAGUUGAAGAAGGAAGAGAGAGAGAAUGAGAAAAAAGAAGAUGCAGGAAAAACCAACACCAUUCCUGAGGAGGAAGAAAAUCAAGUAUCUUUAUUACCAGCAACAGUUGCAAAGACAGAAGAGUUACUAGUGAGAUCGGGUAGUGACAGCAGCAGUCUUGUUUGUAAUAAUGGGUUUAAAAUAAAAACCAGUAGCCCUACAAAAGAUAGAUUAGAAGGCCAUCAAUCCUCGCCUCCCAUUCCUCCCCCUCGAAGUUCAUCUACAACGCGGCAGGACAUAAUCGAAACCAAUGCUAAUGGAGCCAAUGGAAUUGGAGGAGGAGGAAUGGUAACUCACAGUGGAGAAGGAGGGAGUAAAAUAGACAUUCAUGUCACUGUUACUGUCAAUCCGUUCUCGCCUGGAACACUGGCUGACUUAAAGAAACAGCGUGCUAUGUCCCGUGCAUCACAGAGUUCAUAUACUCUGGCCUCUGCUGGAAGUACAUAUUCUCUCACUGCACCGGAAUAUGACCCUCGAACUCAUGGACGAAAUCCAGAAUUUACGGCUUCAUCUGUACGUGUUGAUACAGUUUCAUACAGACCACCAGCAUCUCCAUCUCUUACACCUCGUAAGUUUUGCGGAGACCCAACUGAGGUUAUUGGAGGGGUAGAUGCACAGUCUUGUUGUAGUAUGAUGUGAACAAAUUAUGGCAUAAAACCAUACACAAUAGUGCAAUCUGGGGGUGAUGCCUCUUUUUAAAUAUAAAUGAGGAUUUUAAUUUACAAAAUGCAUUAGUGAAAAAUGGCAACAAAUAAGUUUCUGGUCCUGUUAAAUAAAGGACAUUUAUAGGAACAAGUUUUAAUAUACUGUAUGUUAUUCCCAACAUAACAAAGAUGUUUCACAAUUCUGAUAUAGACUUGUAUGACAUAAAUAAUAAGUUUUAAUAAACAUGGCUGUUUUAAGUGUUCUGGUUCAACGUAUAUGUACUUUACUCCAUUCCUAAGCUAAGCCAUAUUCUGUACCUUUAUACAGUUUUGGCUGCUUCAAGCAACAGUAUGUUGGGAUGUUUCCGUAAAGCCUCCCCCUACCUCUCCCAAACCAAUAGAUAGGGGGCAUUGAUAAUAUUAAAUAUGAAAUUGUGUAGCAAUUUUAUUAUUUUUGUUUCGAGUACCUUGUUGAUUCGCUAAAUUGUGUACUAAACCUUUUCGUUUUUUCUAAAUUUAACAAUUUCAUGGAUUUUGUAAAGUACGUAUGUGAAUACCUGGAGACCUUUCAUUGGUAUUGAUUAAUGAGAAAUUUAGUGUGGAAAAAAUUAAAAGUUGGAUGUCUGGUUAAAUAUUUGUUAUUAUCUUGCCAAUAUAUGGCAAAAGUUAGAGCUGGUGGUGGUGGUGAUUAUUUGCCAAGCUAAUGGACAGUUGUAUCAUGCAGCUAGUGACAUAAUUUUAACAUGUAAUAAUGUGUAUGCAAGUUUUUGUGCUGUUAUUCCGUGAGAAAUAAAAAAUUAUUUAAUAUUUUCAUGAUGCAUAAAUACUUAAAAGUAAAGUAAUUGAACAACCUUCCAUGAUUCAGUAUCGCUUAUUAAGAUAUGCACCAAUUUGUAUUCUGUAUUUCCUCCUGCUAGAAAGACUUGGUUUCUUAGUGUGUGUUGACACACUUCUUAAUGCUGAUGCAUAGACUCCAUCACUUAUAUAUGUCUUUUCAUAAUUAAAAUUGGUGGACAUAAUUAUUUGUAAGCACAUAAGGACUGAAAUGCUCAGUUUCUUGGAUAUUUUCAGACCUGCACACUAGUAUAAUUUUUUUGUUGACAACAGUAGUUAUUGCAGUGUUUGACAGUGUGUAUAGAGUUGCAUCUUAUUGCAUGAUAAAGGUUCAUAGGUAUUCUAAUUAGCAUCUUCAGAUUUGAGGCAAGGGACAUUAUUUUUAAAUCUAAUAAGCCAUAUAAGAGCAAGGUUGCUUUCAGAGCAUAUUACAGUUAGUGUUUGAAUGUAGAUCCUGUGCAUCCGUGUCCUUGGUUUUAUCAGGGAAAUAUUUUUAUCUCGACAAAAGAAUACGUAAUAAGGGGGAGAGGCUGACUUUUAUCCUGACUUUAGCACUUCGUCCUCCAAAGUUAUGGUCUUUGAUGAACGGUAGUUGCUCGGUAAUUGGUGUCUUGGCAAAAUAUCCUAUCAUUGUUGAGAAGUUCUUGAUAGCAGCUAAAAGUGCAUAUUAUAUUUAUUUUUCAAAUGGAAAAACUAGUAAACAUAAUGCUGCUGCAUGUUUAUUAUUGCUGUUUAUAUUGUUACUAAAUGCCUCUGACUUGGUUAUGUAAACACAAGGAAUUAUUAUUUACAUUAAUAUAGUUUAAAAGUCUUUCCUACAUACAAAAAAACAUUCAUUUGCUGUAAAUUAUAUACUUGUUCUUCCAAAGCAUUCCAGUUCACAGUACAGUACUCAGUAAUGUGCUUAUUAAUAUAGCUUAUGUAUAAUCUGUCUUCCAAUAUUGUGUAAUGUCUGUACUCUUUUGUUUUAUAAAAGAGUUAGUUAUAAAUGUUACAAAGGGUUCCUAAGGGUCAGUUUUGUUGCGAGAGUCAAAGGGUGAAGCUUAGGUUGAAGUAGACAAUCAGUAAUUGAAACCAUCCAUUAUGUUACUGCUAAACUCAUGGCAAAGCUACUUUGGUGUACCGUAUUUCUUAACGUCGUGUAUAGCACAUUGUAUUUCAAGCCAUAAUUACUACUAUUAACAGGAAAACCUGGCUAAAGGUUAAUGCAUGUUUUAUCUAUAUAAAUGGUUAUAUUGUAAAAUGAAGCAGAGGUGCAUUUAAGUGAUAAUCAUUUUUGUUUAAGGCAGUGUGCAGAAAUGAUUUGUGUAGUUAAGUUCACCGAUCAUUGCUCAUUUUUAAUGAAUAGCCCAAGAAGUACUAUAGUAUCAUAUUGAGAUGUUUAUAUAAAAAAUUAAAGUUAUCUGGUGUUAUUCAAGGCACUUUUUAAAGACUAGUUUAAUCUGGUAGUUGAUGUAUUGAUUUCUUGUAUUAUAGGGCAUAAUAUUUGCCUGGAAUAAACAUUUUUAUAUAAAAUGAAAUUUUGAGUUGAUAACUAUUAUUCUGAAUUUGUAUUUGGACAUGCCUCAUUAACUUGUUUUGGAUAUAUUCCGUUUGCUUCAUGUACAAAGUUUGUCUUGCCAAUUAAUGCCAGUUUUUCAUUCCAAUGUGACGACUUCGUAUGGAAAGCAUAAAGGCAUGUGGAAGAUACAAAUUCUAUUUUGUUUGUUGAAUCUCGGCAGUUUUAGAUUGUAAGAAAACGUGUAAAUCAAAUGCAUAUAUAUUUUUAACUAUACCAAGGUAUAAAACAUGUUGAAGAUGAAUAGUUUAAUAAAUAUUCUUUGUUAAUGAAAAUAGAUAUAUUCUCAGUGCCACAAUGUGGUGGAUCAGUGCCACAAAGGUUAUGUUUGCAGCCAGAGUGUAUAGUUUUUUGUUUGUUUAUUACUACUACAGCCAAUUUUGCACUUUCUGGAUAGAGGUUUUGCUGAUUCACAAGUUUGUGUUUUGAUUUGUAUGAAUAAAUUAUCCUGUACAGUUGCAAGAGGUGUGAGUGAGGCUUCAGUGUGCCAACCAGUCACCCUAAGCACACAUAUAUAUCGACUCCUUUGCUUUUUUGUGCUGUAGUCAAGCAUUUAUUUUGGUAAUAUCUAUGGAUGUGUCUAGAAAGUUUGAAAACCCAUGAAGUUCUUUGAAUAAACGAAGGUACAGUGUGAUAGUGUCAAUAAAGGUUUAUGUAAGCAGAAAACUCGGAGAUUAUUCUGUAAUAACAUUUUGUAAGAAAGUAGAGGGAAUAAAGUGUGUACAGAGUAUGAAAUGAGGAAGAUGACACUGAAGUAAUUAUUGUAUGCUAAAAACUAUCUUUGAUUUUUUUUUUUUUUUUUUAGAAGUGAAAGUGAUAAAAUGGUACAUGACAGAAAGACAGUGGAUAAUGCUAAAGUGAAGUGUGUUGAUAUACAGUAGUGCAGAUGUUAUUACCAUCCAACAGCCUGAUCAGAGACUGGGCCUCUGGAAAUUUGACCCUCGAAAUCAGCAACUGGUAAUCAGCAGGUAGGUUGGCUGUUGGAGAAAGCCAGGGAGUUUUGUUACUGAUGACUGAACAGUGUUUGUAUACUGGUGACUGGCUUAAAAGUUGAACAAAAAUCCAUGUACAGUAUUAUUACAGUAAAUAUAUAAAAAUGAGCUAGGAGAAGGAGUUGGCUGAUAAAAGUGUGGGCAUCUUAUCUGAUAUUAAUUUUCUCCAGACAAGUAAUCUUGCAACAUCCACAACAUGAAUUAUAUAGACAGAUAUGAACAACCAACAAUAGUAAUCAACUUCAUUACAUUUCCCAGCCUAUUUCCUUGCCUGUAAAUUCCAUGCUGAAUCUUGCCCUUUGCAGUUUUGCGCACGGUUUCGAUAUUCCUACAGUGAUUUAUGUGCUCUUGAAUUUCAGUCUGCUCUGUCCCUCUGGCAGUCCAUGGCAGCCAGUUCCAGUGGUAUUCACUAUGAGGGGCUCUGUUUCCCACCAUAUAUCUACCUACCUUGUGGAGGUUCUGGGGAUCAAUGACCCUGUGGCCUGGUCUCUGACCAGGCCUCCCAGUUGGUUGUUUGGUCAACCAGGCUGUUGGACAUGGAUACUAGCAGCCUGAUGUAUGAAUCACAGCCUGGUUUAU